CAUUUAUUAUUGCUAGAUGACUUUAAUCAAUCACUUGAUUUCAUACCACCCACAGUACAAUGCUUGUAUUUAUAUAACAUCAAGAAUCAAUUGAUGCCCGAUUCUAUUCCAGCAACAGUUACAGAAUUAUAUUUAUUAAAUGGCUUUAACAAACCACUUGAUUUUAUACCACCCACCGUAAAAUAUUUGUAUUUAGAAAAAAUUAAGUAUCAAUUAAUACAGGGAUCAAUUCCAGCAACAGUUGUAUAUUUAUCUUUACUGGAUGGAUUUGAUCAACCACUUAUUUUUAUACCACCCUCCGUAAAACACUUGUGUUUAGAAAGGAUCGAGUAUCAACUACUACCCGAUUCAAUUCCAAAAACAGUUAUACAUUUAUAUUUAGAAGAAAACUUUGAUCAACUACUUGAUUUUAUACCACCCACCGUAAUAUGUUUGCAUUUAGAAAACAUCAAGUAUCAGUUAAUACCUGGUUCAAUUCCACCAACAGUUACAAAUUUGUUUUUACAAGAUGGCUUUGAUCAAUCACUUGAUUUUAUACCACCCACCGUAGAGUAUUUGUAUUUACAUAACAUCAAAUAUCAAUUAAUGCCUGGUUCAAUUCCACCAACAGUUACAAAUUUGUUUUUACAAGAAGGCUUUGACCAAUCACUUGAUUUUAUCCCACCCACCGUAGAAUGUUUGUUUUUGAAAAACAUCAAAUAUCAAUUAAAACCUGAUUCAAUUCCACCAACAAUUUCACAUUUAAUAUUAUAUGAUGACUUUGAUCAAUCACUUAAUUUUAUCCCACCCACAGUAAAUUGUUUGUGUUUACAUAACAUCAAAUAUCAAUUAAAACCUGGUUCAAUUCCACCUACCGUAACGCAAUUAUUAUUACAUGACGGCUUUGACCAACCACUUGAUUUUAUACCACCCACCGUAGAAUGUUUGUUAUUAUAUAACAUCAAGUAUCAAUUAAAACCGGGAUCAAUUCCAAAAUAUUUAACUAAACUCAUAUUUUCAAAUGGUUUCUCUCAACGUUUAACAAACGGUAUUAUCCCUGACUCUAUAGCUUUUAUUGAAAUGGGUGAUGUGUUAUAUCCUCUCGAGUAUGAUUCCAUU